AUGGCGGACUGGGCUGGAACUCUGCUCGGGGAACGAACGACGGUUGUCUGCUGGCCAGUGGUUCGAACGUCAUAUGAACUAAUUUCCUCCACAAACAACACACUUGUGCGGCAGCGGGGACAUGAUUUGCGGGAUUAUCAACGGCGAGCGGAGGUGAUUUGGUUUAAAGAAGAACUCAAAGGCAGCGAAACGAAGAUGUUUAAGAAUACAUUCCAGUCUGGGUUCCUCUCAAUUCUCUAUAGCCUCGGGAGUAAGCCUCUGCAGAUAUGGGAUAAGGAAGUUGUCAAUGGCCAGAUCAAGCGUUUGCAAGAUGAUGACAUACAAUCCAAUGUUAUUGAAAUAGUUGGGUCAAAUGUCCAGUCUGCAUAUAUUACCUGUCCAGCUGAUCCAACUGCAACGCUUGGCAUAAAGCUACCAUUCUUAGUUUUGAUCGUGAAAAAUCUGAAGAAGUACUUCUCAUUUGAAAUUCAUGUGCUGGAUGACAAAAAUGUCCGCCGGCGGUUUCGAGCUUCUAAUUUUCAAGGUGUCACAAGAGUUAAACCUUAUAUUUGCACAAUGCCAUUGAAAUUGGAUGAAGGCUGGAACCAAAUUCAGCUGAAUCUUAGUGAUCUGACUCGACGUGCUUAUGGAACCAAUUAUGUAGAGACCUUGAGAGUUCAGGUUCAUGCAAAUUGCCGGCUCAGAAGGAUAUAUUUCUCUGAUCGCCUUUAUUCUGAGGAGGAGCUCCCGCCAGAAUUUAAGUUGUACUUACCGAUUCAGAAAGCCUGA